AUGGACACAUUCCAGGAUGUGUUCCAGAAGGUGGAGAAGAUUGGGGAAGGCACCUAUGGAGUGGUGUACAAGGCGAGGAACAAACGGACAGGCCAGCUGGUGGCUCUGAAGAAGAUCCGUCUGGAUUCGGAGACAGAAGGGGUUCCGAGUACAGCAAUCCGAGAAAUCUCUCUGCUCAAAGAACUUAAGCAUCCAAACAUAGUGAGGCUUCUAGAUGUUGUGCACAGUCAGAAGAAGCUGUAUCUGGUGUUUGAGUAUCUGAAUCAGGACUUGAAAAAGUACAUGGACUCGUCCCGGACAGGGGAGCUCCCUUUAAGUUUGGUAAAGAGCUAUCUGUUCCAGCUGCUGCAGGGUGUGAACUUCUGUCAUUCGCACAGAGUCAUUCAUAGAGACUUAAAGCCUCAGAAUUUGCUUAUCAACGAAGUGGGAGCCAUCAAACUGGCAGAUUUUGGUCUGGCUAGAGCCUUCGGGGUUCCACUGCGCACUUACACUCACGAGGUGGUAACCUUAUGGUACCGGGCCCCCGAAAUCUUGCUGGGAUGUAAAUACUACUCGACUGCAGUGGAUGUCUGGAGCAUUGGCUGUAUCUUUGCAGAAAUGGUGACAAGAAAAGCCCUGUUUCCGGGGGAUUCUGAAAUUGACCAGCUCUUCCGGAUUUUCCGCACCCUGGGCACGCCCACCGAGGCAGCGUGGCCGGGGGUGACCCAGCUUCCCGACUAUAAAGGAAACUUUCCCAGGUGGGCGAGAAGAGAGAUGAAGGAGAUCGUUCCGAACUUGGAUCGGGAUGGGCGAGACUUACUGGCGCAAUUGUUACUGUAUGACCCCGACAGGCGCAUUUCAGCUAAGGCAGCCCUCAACCACCAGUACUUCUUCUGGCAAAGCCCCCGUGACCCCAAAGACCAGCACAUGCUGCAGAAACACUGCAGCUGA